UGCGGGCUCAGGCAUGGCGGUGGCGGCGGAGCGGGGCUCCUAUCGGUUCGUGGUGCUGCUCUUCAACUGCCUCCUCACCUUCGGCUCCUACUUCUGCUUCGACAUCCCCAGCGUCCUGCAGGAGCAGUUCCAGGGGAACUUGACCUGCCCAAAUGGAACCCAUCAUAACAGCACUGGGCAUAACAGCACGCUGGAAUGUGUUGAAGGCUUGGGAAUGGCACCUGCUCAAUACAAUUUGCUGUAUGCGAUCUAUGCUUGGACAAAUGCGGUAGUGGUUAUUCUGGCUGGAUUCCUGAUUGAUAAACUAGGAAAUCGCUUUGGUGUCUUUGUUUUCUCUCUUCUGACUGUGUUGGGAUCAUCAAUAUUUGCUCUAGGCUCACAUUUCAAGGGAUCGCCAUACCUCCUACCCAUGAUGCUAACAGGAAGGCUGCUCUUUGGCUCCGGGAAUGGGUCACUUACUAUUGUGCAGAAUCGUAUCACAGCCUUCUGGUUCAAGGGGAAGGAACUGGCACUGGCAUUUGGACUGACUCUGUCUUUCUCCCGUCUUGGGAGUGUCCUCAACUUCUUCUUCACCCAGCAGUUUGAGGCAAAAUUUGGAAUGCAGUGGACGCUCUGGGGUGGUACCCUGCUCUGUGUGCUUGGUUUUGUUUCAGCCCUCACAGUCAGUGUACUAGAUAAAGUGGGCACGAAGCAACUGGGCUUGGAUGGGGUUAUCCAGCAGGAGGCCAAAAAAGUGCGGAUUCAGGACAUCCGGCGACUUCCCCUUCGCUACUGGCUCCUGGUCCUCACCAUCAUGUUCUUCUACAAUGGAGUCUUCCCCUUUGUGGCAGAUGCCAGCAAGUUUAUCCAGGAUAAAUAUUCUGGUUACAGCCAGCAGGCAGCCGCUUAUAUUGCUGGAGCAGUGUAUGACAGCUCCCUCCUCUUCUCUGCAGCAGUUGGCAUAUUAAUUGACUACGUUGGGCUGAGAGGCAUCUUUGCUGUCGGCUGUGCUGCAUUGACUCUGCCAGUCUUCGCUCUCCUGGCGUUUACCUUUGUUCCUCCUUUAGUCUCUACCAUCUGGUUGGGGAUUACUUACUCCUUUGCUGCUGCUAGUAUGUGGCCAUCCAUACCACUUGUGGUCCCCCAAGCAAGUUUAGGGACAGCUAUGGGGCUUGCAACUUGCAUGCAGAUGAUUGGAGUUGGCCUUUCGAAUCUGAUUGUUGGCCACAUUCUAGGAACAAAGUCCAGUGAAUUAAAGAUCCCUCUGUGGCGCUGGCAAUGGAUGAUGAUCUUUAUGUUGGCAAACACUAUUGCAUGUCUCGCUGCCUCCAUUAGCCUCAAUGUUGUGGACAAGAAACAGGGUGGGACACUGAACCGAACAAGGAAGGGUGCCCCUGUGGAGCAGGAGGAGAGAGCCCCUGCAGAUGCAGCGCCGCUCCUCGACGAUGAAACGGGAACCAAAGGCUCCGUCAGCUGAACCUUUGCAGUGCGAGGAGCAGUGACAGCUGCCAGACACAGCACUGAUCGCCUCUGUUUGAAAGUGGAUUUUUACCUUGUGUGUGUUAAACAUCUUUAAAGGGAAUCGUGAAAGGAGUUGUCUACAGGAAGGGAAUAUUUCCACUUAUGCCUUGGACAUAAUGAGAGGUGUCUGCUGUGUGGUUCUGAGGCACUCUCCAACACACAGAAACCUGCCUGGGGCACUUUUAAGAACAACAGAAUAGUAAGUGACACUAACUUAGCUGCAGCUUGUGCAUAAGCUGUUAGAUAGUUGUGUUUCACUUUGCAUCAAAACUGCCUGUGUGAGGUGUGCCUGCUGUGUGCACCACUCGUUCUCCCUCACAGGAAUCCUGUACAUCAGCACUUGCUAAUCCCAGACCUCGGCAGGUCUCCUGUUUUGCUUACUCCUCCAAAGCAGCGUGCAUCUUUCACAAAUUACAUAUCCACAUGAGUGCCACCAUCAUUAUUCUUUAGGCAGGAGCCUGAAUUAAUCAAAUUGAUUACCUUUUGCACACAAGCCUAGCUAAAUUGCUUAUUACACUACUAGAAAUGCUUCUGUAAGCCUUGCCUAUUCAUUUGCCUUCCAAAGCAUAAAAGUGUUUGAUCUGAAAUUCUGUCUUUUAGAUGACAGUGCUCUUACUCAUGAAUGCUAGAGGCUUGUUUUACUCAGGCAGCUUGCCAUUUUCACUAUGCAAAAUACUCACAAACACUCCUACGGUGUUUACAAAAGGUCCUUUAAGAAUGAAGUAAACUUUAACAUAGCUAGGUACAAGGAAUGCUGAAGUGAAUGACUUCUUAUGUAAAUGAUUACACAUCCUUAAGUGAAAGAGCAGCUCUGCUCAAGUUACAUUUAAUAUAAACACUAAUAGAUUAAAAGCAAUUUAGGCACUGACA